AUUAUUCAAUUACCAUAAUUUCGCUGAAAUGUCCCAACCGAAGACCAACCUGUGCAAAAGAUGUAAAACAGGCGUAGAUCCGGGAGGCGAGGACAUUUUCACCUGCAAGGAUUGCAGUGCUUAUUUCCACGAUAGCUGCUUGACGGUGCACAACUUCACCCCGAACAUAGAUUGGAGAUGCGAUCUGUGCUCUAACCUCAAUUCGAGAAUUCCGGCUGUGAUUGUAUUGAACCUUCAGAGAUUGCAAGAGGAAAUUGCACUAGAAAGGAGAAUUCUGGAGCAGAAGUAUGCAAUCUUGGGAAAUCACCUGAGUGCGCUGCAAAACAAAACCAACGGACUGGUGGAUUCAUGUCGGGCAGGAUCAACGUUAGAUGCCGUACACACUUCCUAUGCUGAGUUGAAGGACGAGUUCUACUCAUUUCUACAAGACCAGAAGAAGUCAUCAUCAAUUACAGCCGAAGACUACCUACAACAAAUGUUCGCCCGACAAGUAAUUCCGUCCGAUCUUCCUAACUUUAACGGACGACCAGAAGAUUGGCCAGUAUUCUACAGCAGCUACAACAAUUCAACUAGAGCCUGCAAGUUUAGCAACGUCGAAAACCUGAUAAGGCUACAACGUUGUCUCCAGGGUCCUGCUAGAGAUGCAGUCAGCAGCAAGCUUCUUCUUCCAGAGUGUGUCCCACAAAUAAUCUCCACCUUGAAGUUGCUCUUUGGUCGGCCUGAGUUGCUGAUAUCAUCACUACUGUCCAAAACUCGAGCUACGAAACCCCCGAACAGUGAAGAUAUCAAUGCACUUAUACACUUUGGACUUGCGGUGCAGAACUUUUCGGAUCACAUCACAGCAACUGGAUUAACAGCCCACCUCAACAACCCGUGCCUGCUACAAGAAAUGGUCCAGAAACUACCAGCACAGCUGAAGCUUAGAUGGGCCUUUCACAAGAUGCAGCUCCGCGAGGUAAAUAUUGCUACCUUUAGUGAGUUCAUGUUCGAACUUGUCACGGCGGCUAGUCAAGUGACCUCACUGGUCACUAGUGAGCAAUUCGGGAAUCGUGAAGUGGACAUCUGCAGUGAGAUAACGGGCGAAGAUGAGCGUGAGGGAGUGAGCAGUAGACCCAGCCGUCGUGAGCGAAAUAACAAAUGUCUCAUCUGUGGUGAACUUGGACAUCGUUCUCAAGCUUGUGCAUUAUUCCAAACAAUGACUGUUGAGAGCCGUUGGGAGCAUGUAAACAACUCUCGACUUUGUCCAAGUUGUUUGAAUCGUCACCUUCCUUGGCCGUGUAGAACCGCGAUGCAGUGUGGAAUCAAUGGAUGCUGUCUUAAGCAUCAUAAACUGCUGCAUACCGUCUUGGAUAGCCCGGCAGCAACAUCGGGAGCGUGUUUAUUAGCAACAGGAGCAGAAGAAACCACCAGUUUGAAGUACAUCCCGGUCAUACUGCACGGGAAGUCCAAAAGGGUGGAAACAUUUGCAUUUGUCGACGAAGGUUCAUGCUGCACAAUGAUAGAGGACAGCCUGGUAGACGAACUACAGCUGGAAGGGACAAGGGAAACUUUUAGCCGGCAGUGGGUUGACGGAACAGUUAAAGAAGAACCAAACUCACAGCGCUUAGAGUUGCAAAUAUCAGAUUUUAGCCAAAAAAGGAAACAUUCGUUGGUAGAUGUUCGCACAGUUAGCAAGCUAAACGUUCCAAAACAAAGUCUCAGUAUUAAAAAGUUGGGUUCAAAGUUUGACCACUUAAAAGGUAUUCAUGUUAGAAGUUAUCAGCACGCCAAGCCUCGAUUAAUUAUUGGGCUGACAAAUGCACAUCUAACAGCACCAAUAGACGCUCGAGUAGGCAAACUAGACGAACCAAUCGCGUUUAAAUGUGAACUGGGUUGGUGUGUGUAUGGAGGUAGAGGAUUAGUACAUGACUGCAAACGGUGAUUCUUUCGCUAGUAAUGGGCGUAACACUUCUGUGAACAGCUCGUAUUACGAGGGGGAGAAUGUUGCGACGAGAAUCAAUGAUCUGCUUGUCUGUGAUGCCUGAGUGGGAACAGAACUUUGGCUAACAUUUUGAAUAACUCUGUUCAUUGCCAACUGCUAAGAUGAAGAAAGAUUAACACCAAAAAGUACUCAAAAAGAAGAGAAUCAGUUGCACCAAUUUGUGAAGAAAGAUCCGGAAAACCGAAGCCAAAUGAGAUUGCAAGAAGGGUGUUUAAUUACUGAAUAAUUUUUUAGCUGAUCAACCAAAACAAUCGGGACUUUCGAUCUGCU